AAAAAAAAAAAAAAGGCAUGAACAUAUCUACCAAAGGAACGUCUACCUUGUGUUGGACAACUACUGCGACUCUCAACGGUUGGUUGGAAGAGAGAGGGACGUCUCCUCCGCCAUUUUCUCUAUUCGUGAAGCAAACCUUGACGACUGACUUUGUUGCUUCAGAUCUCCAUUUCCUGCUUUCAAUCUCCCUCGAUCUUCCCUAGGGUUAUUCUCUCUCUUCCUUCCUUCCCCUUAUUUAUGAAGAUGGAUUAGAGAUCACUCUCCUGCACCACCUACUGUUCUACAGUUUUGGAACUGGUACGCGGAACUAAGAUGGUGGUUUCUGGGCCAAUUACCCCUGGCCAGGUGUCUUUUUUGCUUGGGUUCAUUCAAAUUUUUGUGGCAUGGUUAUAUUCCGAGUUUUUAGAGUACAAGAAGUCUCCAUCUCCUCUAAAAGUUCAUUCAGAUAAUAAUCUGGUUGAACUGGGAAAUGAGACAGUGAAAGAUGAGGAUCAGGCAAUUUUGCUGGAAGGAGGCCUUACAAAAUCAGCAUCGGCAAAGUUUCAUAGCUCAUCUGUCAGGACAAAUUUAAUCAGGUUUCUGACAAUGGAUGAAUCUUUUUUGCUAGAACAUCGAGCAUUGUUGAGGGCAAUGUCUGAGUUUGGGUCAAUUCUUUUGUAUUUCUACAUAUGUGACCGCACAAAUUUUUUGGCAGAAUCCACCAAGAAAUACAAUCGUGAUCUUUUCCUCUUUCUCUACGUUCUUCUUAUCAUAGUUUCAGCAAUGACAUCUCUCAAAAAACAUAGUGAUAAGUCAGCAUUCUCUGGAAAAUCGCUGCUUUACCUUAAUCGACAUCAGACUGAAGAAUGGAAAGGAUGGAUGCAGGUUUUAUUUCUAAUGUAUCAUUACUUUGCUGCAACGGAGAUAUACAAUGCAAUACGUGUAUUUAUUGCUGCAUAUGUCUGGAUGACUGGAUUCGGAAACUUCUCCUAUUACUACAUAAGAAAGGAUUUUAGCCUUGCACGCUUUGCUCAGAUGAUGUGGCGGUUAAAUUUCUUUGUGGCAUUUUGCUGUAUAGUUCUUAAUAAUGACUAUAUGCUGUACUAUAUCUGCCCAAUGCACACUCUUUUCACACUCAUGGUGUAUGGAGCCCUCAGUAUUUUUCACCAGUACAAUGAGAAUAGAUCAGUGAUGGCUGUGAAGAUUCUUGCAUCCUUUCUCGUGGUUAUACUGAUUUGGGAGAUUCCUGGGGUUUUUGACAUUUUCUGGCGUCCUUUAACAUUUAUAUUAGGGUACAGUGAUCCAGAUCCUGCAAAACAAAAUCUUCCUCAAUUGCAUGAAUGGCACUUUAGAUCUGGGCUGGAUCGCUAUAUAUGGAUCAUUGGAAUGAUAUAUGCAUAUUACCACCCCAAUGUUGAGAAGUGGAUGGAGAAGUUGGAAGAAUCUGAACCCAAGCGGAAACUCACGAUCAAAACAAGCAUUGUUGGAGUUUCUCUGUUUGUUGGAUAUCUGUGGUACGAAUAUAUAUACAAGCUGGACAAAGCUACAUACAACAAAUUCCAUCCCUACACAUCAUGGAUUCCCAUAACUGUUUACAUUUGCCUGAGGAAUUUCACACAGAAGCUUCGGAAUUUCUCUUUAACUCUCUUUGCGUGGCUUGGCAAGAUUACUCUGGAGACAUAUAUUUCCCAGUUCCACAUCUGGUUGAGAUCAAGUACGCCUAAUGGACAACCUAAGUGGCUGCUUUCACUUAUCCCAGAAGACUAUCCACUGCUCAACUUCAUGCUCACAACUACAAUUUACAUUUUAAUAUCCCAUAGGAUAUUUGAGCUAACCAAUUCGCUUAAGACCAUGUUUGUACCCACAAAAGACAAUGGAAAGCUGUUGUAUAAUUUUCUUGCUGGAGUUGCCAUUUCUGUGUGUUUGUAUUGCAUUGCCCUGGUUCUGCUUCAGAUCCCUCAUUGAUCAGCCUGAUAGAGCAGGACCCAGGAGGAAGUCAUGAAGAGAUCUUUGUUGGAGGGCAUGAACAAGAUAUAGAUGGAGUAAAAUAAGGAGCUUGGAAGAUGCUACUCGCAAAUCUUGCUUUCAAGCUUUGAGGAAAAGCUCACUCCCGUUGCUGUUGUAAAGAUGAAAGAAAGUGUUCUUUGCCAUUGAAAAGGCAGGCAAAGAAUAGGGGUUCCCAAGAAAAGGAAUUUGGUAAUAUUGUGGACAAUUGCCAUAUAUUAUUUGUCUUUUUCUCCCCCAUUUAUUUUUGUUAAUCAUUAAUGAAAAAAAAAACAAAAAGGUAGGCUCCUGUGACAUAGAUUUGUUGUCUGGUAUUGAACAAUUCCACCAGUCAUUAGCAAUGCAUUUUUUCAUUUAGAAA